AUGGAUGGUUUGCCAAGGUCUGAAACAUCGUUCAGAAGACAAGGUUCAUCAGGUUUGAUAUGGGAUGACAAGCUUUUAUCUGGAGAGUUGAAGCGAAUAAAAACCAAACCGAAACAAGAAGAAGAAGAUCAUGGAAAACCAGAAUCCCGAGAACGUCCUCCUACGUAUCGUGCCAUCAAGGUUGAACCCACCAUCGACCCACCUUCACCUAAGGUCUCCGGUUGUGGCUUGUGUGGUUGUUGUUGCCUUGUACGAAUUAAUAAUAUAUCUGGCCACAUGCAGUUACAAUAA